AUGGCGGCCACAGCGGCGCUCCCAGUACUUGGACCAGGUCUUACUGAAGAGCCCCUACCCAAAAACGGUUCUCAUCUAAUGGAGGACGAUCCAACCCCUCCACGUUACAAAUCCGAGCCAGCGGACGUGUCAAGGCUCGCAGAACCGCUUACGUUUCCCUAUUCAGGAUGCAUCGCCUCCAACCGCUUUAUGCAUGCCGCGAUGACGGAACAGCUCUGCACAUAUGAUCCCGAUGACCACGAAAAAAACGGGAUACCAACAGAGAACCUUGAGAGAGUGUACAAGAAAUGGGGCGAAGGUGGCUGCGGGCUGAUCCUCACUGGCAGCAUUAUGCUCUAUGGGGACCAUCUUGAAUCAAUUGGAGACCCUGUCGUGUCUCCUCAUCACCCAUAUCACGGACCUCGCUUUGAGGGUUUCAAAGCGGUGGCGCAAGCUGGCAAAGCAAAUGGGUCCUUGAUGCUGGCCCAGGUUAACCAUCCAGGCCGAUUGUGUGUCUUUCAGGAGUCUCCUGUAUCAUCUUCCGAUGUACCAGUCAUUAAGAACGGAACGGGAGAUGGAAUAUAUCAGUAUAAGCCCCCUCACCCUGCCUCUAUUGAGGAUAUCCAUCGAAUCAUUGGCGCCUUUGCGCAUGUAGCCGAAUAUCUUGACAAGGCUGGCUGGGAUGGUAUUGAGCUGCACGGGGCCCAUGGCUUCCUCAUCGCGCAAUUCCUGAGUCCAAGGAUCAACAAGAGAACCGAUGAGUGGGGCGGGUCGUUGGAGAACCGCAUGCGCUUCGUUCUCGAGAUUGGUAAGGAAGUCCGCCGGCGCACCCGUCCGGACUUUAUCCUCGGAGUCAAGAUCAACAGCACGGAGUUCCAGGACACGGGGUUCGUCACCCAGGAGGCUCGAGAGAUCUGCAAGCACCUCGAGGCCAAUUCUUUCGACUUUGUUGAAAUAAGUGGCGGCAGCUAUGAAAAGAUUCUUAUGACGCACCAACGCGAGAGCACUAAGAGAAGGGAGGCAUUCUUCCUCGAGUUUGCUGACCAGAUCGUUCCGGGUUUGACGAAGACCAAAGUGUAUGUUACCGGCGGUUUGAGAACGGUUGGUGGCAUGGUCCGAGCCCUGGAUACUGUGGACGGGGUUGGCUUGGGCAGACCUCUGUGUGAGGAAUGGAGCCUGUGUAAAGAGAUGCUCGAGGGGACGGUCGACGGCGCGAUCAUCACCAGGAUUGAUCCCGGAGACUUCUGGCUAGCUCUUAUGGCAGGAAAUCGCAACAUUAGGAUGGUUGGCUUGGGCCAACCGCCUUUGCCAUGCUGGAAGGAGGAGAUUAUUGAGGGUCUCAAGGCUCAGUAUAAGGAAUGGGCAUCCAACAAGAGUACGGUAAAGGAGCUGGGACGUUACAGAACUAUUGACAAGGCAUAUGCUGAUGCAAAACGGGUUUAA